GUUCUACUUCCGGUUUGAUUCGCGCCUGUCAUUUACUUUGUUGUGACUUGACUGUGUCAAGAAAUGUCAAUAAUUUUGUUAUUUUCUAAGAGAUUAUUCUAGUUCAGUAGUAAAGAUGAAUCGAAAUAGCAGAUCCAGGGAGAAAAUGACAAGUUUGAGGCCACGGCCAGUCACUGCCACAGUUACAAAGCCAAAAUGGAUGCAGCCUGAAGCCAUUGUUGGUCCAAGAUCAGCAUCCGUAGAGUCCCGUGGUUCAACUGCCUCACUAACAUCCGUCCUUGAUCAUGAUAGCUAUAUUAGCUGCAGUGAUGAAGAAGACGAAUAUGAAGAGAGGAGGCCACCGAGAGAAUCUGACAUGAAAAGACGACAAGAAAAGGAAAACGUGCCUGUAAAGAAUCAUCAAGAAAUUCAUAAUAAUACGUUCAAUGUAAAACAUAAAAAGGUCAUGAAGAAGAAAGUUAUCAGAAAAUUUGUUGAAUCAUCAGUAACAGAUGACACAGAGACUGACUCUCCUGAACCUGGUAUGUCACCGUGGGAACAGUGGCUUAUUCAAAAGGUCAAGGAUGAUAGAGAUAAAAGAAGGGCAGAAAGACAAAGAAAGAGAGAAGAGAAAAGGAAAAAAGAUGAAGAGGCAGUCCUACAACAGAAAAAGUUACAGCAGGCACAGCAAGUGAGAAAAGAGUGGGUAGAUAAAAAAAACUUUGAAGAAACUUUAAAACGUAAGGUUGAUAAGCAAAGAGAAAAGACAGAAAAGAUGAUCAAGGAAGAACAAAAGAAAAUGGAAGCUGUGAAAGCGGAAAGAAAGUUUGAGGAAUGGAAAGAGAAAAAGAAAGAUGAAGAAAGAGAGCAAAAGAGAGCAGAGAAACAAAAACAGGCUGAAGAAGAAAGACUGAGGAAAGAGCAGAGAAUAAAAGCUCAAAAGAGGUUCGAGGAAUGGUGUAAGAAAGCAGAUACCCGGCCUAAACCAAUGCCAAAUAGUUUUGGAUACACAUCAGGAAAACUAACAGGUUACCAUGACACCAGUGCCUAUCCAGUCCCUUCGUUCUACAAUCCAAUGCCAUGGCAGCCUAUACAUAUACCCCGCCCAGCUUCAGAAAGAAAACAGAAAAGACGAGUAAAGUCAAGACCAAAAACAGCGUGGAACCCAGAGAAAUACAGAUAAUGAAGAUCUUGUGACAUUGCAAGAAAAUCUUAGAAUAUUAUUUAUAGAGUUACAGUGAAACACCGCUCGCUCGAGCAUCGAUGACUCGAGCACCCGGGCUCGCUCGAGCAAUUCAUGUGGUCCCGGCCGAUUUUCUUCUAUUUUCUAUGUGAUAUUACCGUGGCUGGGUCGAGCAUCGAUAACUCGAUCGCUCGAGCAUGACACCUGGUCCCUGUGUGUUAAUUUACUCUUUGUUACUUCUGGCUAACUCGAGCCGAGGUGUCAAAAUUUUUCACACCUUCGGCGGUCAGAAUGUGUCGGUUAAUUAAACAUUUUCACACACCGUUGAAAUUGCGUAGUCUAUUCCCAGGCUAUCUUAAAUGUUUGUUUGUCGGUAUAGUUGAUCUUAUGAUGAGAAUAAUUAUUGAUAAAAUCUUAAAGAAAAGUUUUAUUGAUCAAAUAUCGAUCAAUUACUGAUUACUUAAAGCAUCUUGUCUGCGGAAUCGAGAAGAUAGUUAUGAGAUCUUAGUAUUUUAAUCAGCAAUUGUUUGCAUGCAAAUGAAGGAAAUAAUAUAGCUGUUUCAUAAAAUUCAGACGAUAAUUAUGAUAUGCACUUGUUGAUGAAUAAAAAAAAAAUUUAGUUGUUUCUUCACAUGUGCCAUUUACAAAUUAUAUAUUGAAACGUCUAUCAAUAGAUAACGUUUGUAAUACGUUUGUUUUUGAAAAAUGUCACAAGUAUGUUAUUAUUACGCAUCACCGUUUACUCUGCAAACGGUCCCAAUGACAGUUGGUAAAACAAACUUUAGUUUUCUUCGUAUGUUGGUCAAUGUUUGGGUCGCUCGAAACCAUGGAUAACUCGAGCAUUUUGCUCAUCCCCUUGCGACCUCGAGCGAGCGGUGUUUUACUGUAAUUCAAAAUUCUGAAAAUUUAUAGCAUCACUUAAAAUUUAGAAAUAGAUGCAUGUGCAUUCAGACAUAAUGAAAUGUACAUGAGAUAUCCGUUUAACCUCCUUAAGUCAUUACUAAAUUGAAGAAGAUAUUGAAUAUUUUCUCAUCAUUACAUGUUGUCACUGUUACGGUGUCGCAAAAUACAAAUGAAAGAAUGCUACUUAACUGGAAUUGUUCAGUUUUCAUUCAACUAGGAAUUGAGACACUGAUUUUUCUGCUCUACACUUACAGUAGUUCUGCAUGUCUGGAUCAAAACUUUUUUUGCAAUGUAGAUUUGAUUAAACUCAGAUUUAUCAAAACUUAUACUAAGAAAAUUUAGCAAAUAAAAAGCAGGUUGUGUGCUUGACUUUUUGCUUGACUGAUUUGAAAAGUUUGCCUACAAGGAAGCAUGCCCCUUUAAAGGUCUAUGAGGAGGCAUGCAUCUUUAAAAGGACUUUUGUCUAGUGGUUAAGGUGUCGGCUACUCAACCUAUCUCGAGCCCCAUUGGGAUCAUGACCACACCUUCUCAUAUGACACCAGUACUGUUCCUGGAAGCGAACUGGAAAGUGGUUCAAAUAAGCUUGAUGCUUUCAUCACAAUUGAACUAAAACAAAUAAGUAUAAACUAAACUAAAGGACUAUGAAGAGGCAUGCCCCUUUAAAGGACUGUUAUAGCAGUAUAGUAUUUGUAUUUAGUUAAUUUAUUUUCAUUUCAUUCAUUUGCUUGCUUUUGUCUGUUAUUUACAGAUAUGACAAUUUUGUGCUUUGUCAUCUGAUGUAUUAAAGUCUCUUACCAUAUUCAAAUCAACUGAUUUAAAUUUGCACUGAGACUUUUAUGUAAGUGUAGGACUUUACAAGGUUCUGUUUCUUAUUUAAGUAAAACAGGAACAUUUCUGUUAAUGUUCUGGAAUAUGUUGGAUUCUUUGAAGAGGCAAUUUUUCACUUUGGCUGCUGAGUGGCUAGUAAUCCAUUCAUGCAAAUGCAACUUUAUAGUUGUUAACCAUUAGCCCGCUAAAUUUCUAAAAUGGACUGGUCCAUCAUUCAUUUUCAGCAGUACCACUUCUUAUUCAAAGGGGUGUUCACUGAAAAUUUACUGACUGAAUAGUGAACAGUGCAGACCAUGAUCAUCUUGGUCAGCACUGGUUGCAAAGGCAAAAACCAGUUGCUGCCAGCAGGCUAAAGGUUAAGAUUAACAUUAUUCAAAUAAGUAAUGAUAUGUGUAAAUGUUAUUUCAAAAAUACACCAAACUGAAACUCAACAGAAAAAUAUUAGUAUGCAUUAUGAUCAGAGGGACAUUUCACAUAGAUGCCGAAACAGAACUGAAAAAGGGAAAAAAUGAUACACAAAUUGAAAUUCUAGUUAGGUUACAGAAAUUGGUCAAAACAGGUGAAAAAGGUCAUGUUUUUCCACAAGAUGGGUCAAUUUACACAUUUUUGCCCAGAUAUUCAGAUCAGAAUUCUGCAUAUAUGCGAAAGCCUAAGCCAAUACCGAAAAGGAAAAAUUUACAGCAUUGGUUCAGACUUGGUUUUGAUUUGGUGUAUGUGCGAAAUGGCUUUAGAUCAAAGUUACCUUUAUUUAUAAUUUGAAUUUUUAUAUUACAACAGUCUUUUAUGAUCAAAGAAAAAAGAGUAGUUACUGUUUCAGUUUGAUAGCCCUUUGUGUAGUAGGUUACAAGGGUUUUUUAUGCCCCUGAAGGGAGGCAUAUUAGUUUUCAACUGUCCGUCCAUUUGUUAGUUCGUUCGUUCGUCACAAUGUUAACUUUUUGCAUGAAGGCACUUUACUCGUGAACUACUGCACCCAGGACCUUCAAACUUCACAUGCUGAUAGUACUUUUUGAGUACACCACCCCUACUGACUUUGGGGUCACCAGAUCAAAGGUCAAGGUCACCAGGUUAAAGGUCAUGGCGCUGCGGGGGCAUUUGUCACCAUUAGUGACAGCUCUUGUUUUUAUUAUUUUCUCGUUGAAAUAAAGAUGAUACCAUUUAUUUUAUUCUUAGCUUUAAAGUACUCCAAAGAUGGUAAUAGGAAAUUAUUAUAGUUGCUACUGUAAACAAAUUUUAUUCAAAGACCUGUUUUUAUACACCAUUUGUUCCAGUGUUUUCAAAUCUUGUUAAGAGGAACUUCAUAUCAUUUAGCCGAGCAUUUACAUUGGUGCUUUAAUUAUAGAAAUACAUAUAGCUCCUGAAUAUAGGCUCUAAUGUUAUAAAACAUGUUUUAACCUUUAGCCUGCUGGCAGCAAUUGAUUCUGCCUUUGCGACCAGUGCAGACCAAGAUCAGCCUGCACAUCCGUGCAGUCUGAUCAUGGUCUCCACUGUUCGCUAUUCAGUCAGUAAAUUUUCAGUGAACACCCCUUUGAAUAAUAAGUGGUACUUCUCAAAUUGAAUGAUGGACCAGUCCAUUUUAAAAAUUUAGCAGGCUAAGGGUUAAAAACUUUUAAGUUGUUACUACUGUAAGUUUUAGAUAUAUUUUUAUUCAUCAUCUGUGUCCAUGUUAAGAGAAUUUUCACAUCAUUUAACCGAGCAUUUACACACUUGGUGCUUUGAUUGUGGAAAUACAUAUAGCACCUGUAUAACUGUAGGCGCUAAUGUAACAGUUAUGAAACAGAUUUCCAGUUAUUGCAAUAUCAUAAAGGCAUGCUGUCAUUUUACUGGAAAAGUAAUAUUGAUAGGAAAAAAAAACACUUUGAAUUCGCUCUUUCUGUUUAUCAUUUGACAUUCUAGUAAUUCUAGAUGGAAACUUGAAACCAGAUCAGAGCGUUAUAAAAUUUUAUUGCCAUAUCAUCUCCAAUUUAACAACAGAAAAUAUAAGGUUUCAUUAUUGUAAGGUUAACUUACUGUGUGAUUAUCUUCACAUGAUGUUUGAUUUACAAUUCUCCUCGUAGAAUUUUAGAAGUAGAGUUUUGUUCGGUAUUUAGUUAGAAAAGCACAAUGCUUUAGGUUGUAUGGUGACUUUUAAGCUUUUUGAUGUUAGAGGAAGACCCCAGGUGCUCCUAUGGAAAAUAAUACAGGCAUGGGCAGGCACCUGGGGUGAACUACUGAACUUCCGCAAGCCAGCUGGAUGGCUCUCGCAUAAAAACCCAAACAUGGCAUGAACCCACAGAGGUGUAGUGCCAUUAAUUCCAAGUCAGCGACUGUAACCACUAGGUCUUGGAGUCCUUUCCUUUCAAAGUUUGUCUCAACAAAAGCUGCAAUAGCAUUGAUUUAUGAAGCAGAAUUUUAGCCUUAGGCUUUCAAAUGUAAAAAAAAAUAUAUAACUUUCAUUUGUUUUCUUUCAAUUGAUGGGGUUCUGCCCUUUUCGUUGAAGGUAGUUUAGGUAUAGUCAGUAUUCAUCAAGAUUCAAUGUGACAUAUCACAGCACAGUCAGUACAAAUUAAACUGACAUACCUACUUUGCAUGCUCAAGUUUUCCAAGGUUUAAGAGAUCCAAAUUUAGAAAAUAUUAGGAAAACAGCCGGGUACAAGAUGAAUUGCUCGAUUGAGCUGAGGUACUCAAUCAGCUGAUGCUUGGUGAGUGAUGUUAUAUUGUACAUGUAUAUCAUAAAGCCAGCAUACAUGAAUCUCAGUUGCAUUCUUUUAUACAUUGUGUAUUACAGUUGGUGUAUAAAAUUGCAUAAUUAUUGUAGGUUUUCCAGAUAAAUGACAUUUCCUCAUCACUUACUGGAAAUCAUAUGGGCAGAAAUACCUUAACUCUUAUCAUGCUGGACACGAUUGAUUCUGCCUUUGUGACCAGUGUAGAUCAUGAUCAGCCUGCACAUCUGUGCAGUCUGAUUAUGAUCUGCACUGUUUGCCAUUCAGUCAGUAUCUUUUUGGUAAGCACCCAUUUAGACAGUUAAUGGUACUGUCCAAAUUGAAAGAUGGAAAAGUUCAUUAUAGAAAUCCAGCAGGGUUACAAAGGGUUAAGUCUUGAUUUCUACAGCCAGGUUUACAGUGGUAUUAAGAGAGGUUGUUAUAUUUGCGCUAACCCUUAGCCUGCUAAAUUUCUGAAAUGGACUGGUCCAUCAUUCAAUUUGGGAAAUACCAUUUUAUAUUCAAGGGGUGUUAACCGAAAGUUUACUGACUGAAUGGCAAACAGUGCAGACCAUGAUCAGCCUGCACAUAUGUUCAGGCUGAUCUUGGUCUGCACUGGUCACUAAGGCAGAAUUUCUUGCUGUUAGCAGGCUAAAGGUUAAUCAAAGGUGAGCAGCUAAGGCCGAUCGCGGUCCUCUUGUCAACAAUUUUACAUGUUAAUGAUCAUCAUGACGUUAGUGUUUGUUAUAUUUGAACAGUAGUUAUUAGUGUAUAUAAUUUAUUUGAUCAUAAAUCAAAUUUCUAUAGCAAUUUAGAAUGAAAAUGGAAAAUUUAUGUUUUUUUAAGUUUGUUAAUUAGAAGGCAAGAACAAAUUAUGCUAUAUUUAUCUGUUUAAGAAAGCAUAUAUCUGAAGUUUCAGAUAUAUUAAAAGAUGACUGUGAGUAUGUGUAGGUAUAUAUGAAUUAAGGGGAAAUGGGACAGUUGCCUAUAUGUAUAUAAAACUUGUUUCCCAGUCAGUACACAAAGUUUAAAGAAAUUCUGCCUGAAGGAAAUUUUUUGCCCUAUAUACAUAUUGGCAACUGUCCCAUUUCCCCAUAACUGUAUAUCUUGUGUUGUUUUCUGAAGGAACAGUUUUAGUGAAAUUAAUAUUUUUUACGAGCAAAGCAUAUUUCAGAGCUUGAAAAUGACUUUAGCUGCUUAUGAAUUACUGUUUUACCACCCACAGGAUUAUAGCAUUUUCACUGGUUUAAAGAUUGUCACAUGGUGACCCCUUAUAUUUCCGUGGAAGGUAGAUUUUCAUGUUCGAUGAAUUAGUUAUCAAGUUUCGGGUGUAGAAGUCUUUCUUGUGAGAAAACUAUCUUUCUGAUUUAUGGAAAGUUGGUGGUUCUACCCAGGUGCCUGCGCAUGUCUGAACCAUUGCCAGGAAGGGCAACUGGGGUCUUCUUCCCCCAUCAUAAGCUGGAGAGGUGCCAUAUGACCUUUAACUGUUGGCGUAACGUUAAACACACCAAAACAAACAAACAAAACGAAACAUCUACUUCACAGUUGGCUUAGUCUUCAUGCAUGACUAAAUGUGGAAGACCAUUGAUUGGCCAUAAUAGUCUUAUGUUUAUGUUUGAGUUUGUUUACUUGGUGUGUAUGUUGAGCUAAAUGAUAACUUGUAUUGUCCAAUUUUUGGGCUAGCUAGUAAUAGUUGAAAUUGUAUGCUUUACAAUGGGUUUUGUUUAGAGUCUAAAUACACGUGUGAUUUCUCAGGUGUGAUUAUAUGCAGUCUUAUGACAAGUUAUUUUAAAAUAGAUUUUUGCUUACAGACAAUGUACAAGCCAUGAUCCUUGUAUAUGAAACUUCACAUAGGCAAUAGAGUUCUUUCGUGUGAUGAAGUCAUCCGGCUGGCAAAUAAAAGGUUUCUGGUCCUACCAAGGUGCUGCCCUAUGCCUGAAAUAUAUCACGGAAAUGCUCCUUGAGUCUUCAUUCACCGUUCAAAGCUGAAAAGUCACCAUAUGACCUAUAAUUGUGUUGGUUGGACGUUAAAUCCAACAAGUUGUUGGUGUCAAUUUUUUUUACCAAGCAGUUAUUGUAAAAAUUCCUUUGCAAUCGGAAAAAUCACCAGUCUGUUUAGGGCCAAACAAGUUUGUGUUAGAGAUCAAGGUCUGGAAGAAGAAAAUAUGAUGUCAGUUAAAUGUCUCACUACAUAUUUUCUGAGUUAUAUUUUGCUUUUGCAUUUGUUCUUGUGUGUCUUUUGUCAAAAAUGCCUAAAUUCUGUAAAUUGGAUUGUUUUCAUUUAUCUGUAAGAAGAUCCUUUUGAAGCACAGAAUGCGACCAAGCAAAAUAAUUUAUUUGAUUGAGUCUGUUUAUGUUCUGUUUUGAUAGAAUAUGGUUGGUAACCAGCAUUUUCUCGAAAAAUUUACAGUUGUUGCAUUGUGCAAGUUGUUAAUAACACACGAAAUAAAAGAGAUGUGAAAACAAAUUCAGUUUACAGUAAUUUGGUAUAAAUGAUCCAAAACAUAAAUGUUCAUAAUUAUACACUUGUCAAUUUAACAUAACUGCUCAUUAGCUAUUAGUCACUAGUUGAUGUAUUAUUUUAUGUUUGUCUGUGAUAUACAUUUACAUUUUUUCAAAUAAACCAUAAUUGAACACGAA